UGUGUAAUAAUUAUUCUUGGUUUUUUCUUCCUUAUUAUUCAUUUAUUCUCACCAAAUCGUCCAACCAUCAAAGCAUACGGAGGAAAGAUGACUUCACCAUUGUUGCAGCUCGUGUGAGACAUUGUUUUGUCUACGUCUUCCCUUCAAUUUCUAACAAUUUCCCUCUACGUCUCCUUCGUUUCUUUUUCUUCUUCUUCUUCUUCUUCUUCUUCUUCCUUUUGUAUGUUUUUCUUUGGACCAAAGGCCAAAGGCAACGCCCAAGAAGAUUAUAUAAAAGUUGAGUUUAGUGUUUCCUCUCUCUCUUUGCUGGCCAUUUGAGACUGGGUUUCUUGAGAUGGUUUAUUAGAUUUCUGGUUUGAAAAUAGGUAUACCCACUUCAUCAAAUGAGGGGGAGUUGCUUUCUGUGACACUUGUGUAAGUCCUAGCGUCUCAAUUUUCUGCAAUGGUAAAACCCAGAUCUUUCAUAGAUUCUUGAACGGCUACUUUUUGUUUUGAGAACUCGGAAUAUAUGCAUAUAUAAUAUAUAUGUUUGUAUGUUUUUCUAGUGCUCCACACCACUCAAAGAGAUCUUAUCUUUCUUUCUUUCGUUUAUUUUGAUGAGGCUAUAACACUUUUCAGUGAAAGAUUUUUUUUUUUUUUAAUGUUUUGAUAUGGCUUUAAAGCUUUUUCAGUGAUAAAUCAAGUCACCCUUUAUGAGAUUGGAAGUGAAAACCAAGAAAGCUGCUUCUAUUUUAUUAUUGGUAGUCUUCCUUCUCUUUUCUUUCUUCUUUAUCCUUCAAAGCGAGUGUUUUGACGAGAGACCAAUUACUACUAGUCCAGUGGUGGACGAUUCCUGUAAAACUGAGUCCUUGUCCUUUCUGAGCCUUCAUUACUACCCAUAAACACCUAUCUUGAGUUCUAGUUAGUGUAAUUCUAGCCCUUUCCAGCAGGACUAUGUUUUUCUUGAGCUUUAGCUUCCUUAACCAAACCCAGAUAGGUUUGUACCUUUGCAAUACAAGAAACAAUAUUCUCAGAUAAGCAAUCUGAAUAUUCCAUUUCUAAGAUUGGCUUCUGGUUUUUAAAAAUUGAUCUGAUCUGAUUAAGUGGGUAGUGUUAUCGUUUUUGAACUUAAGAUAUGGCUCAGGAGAUAGUGCCAGAGAACCUCAACAAACGGCUUGCUCUUGCUGUGAGGAACAUUCAAUGGAGCUAUGCAAUCUUCUGGUCCAUUUCCGCUAGACAACCAGGGGUGUUGGAGUGGGGUGAUGGGUACUACAACGGAGAUAUUAAGACGAGGAAAACAGUUCAGUCCAUAGAGCUUAAUGCGGACCAAUUGGGUUUACAAAGAAGUGAACAACUGAGAGAACUCUAUAAGUCUCUCUCAGCUGGUGAAGCGAGCCCACAAGCUAGGAGACCUUCAGUAGCAUUAUCCCCAGAAGAUCUUACUGAUACAGAGUGGUAUUACUUGGUCUGCAUGUCUUUUGUAUUCGACAUUGGCCAAGGCUUGCCAGGAAGAACCUUAGCAAUUGCGCAGCCUAUCUGGUUGUACAAUGCUCAUUAUGCAGAUAGCAAAGCAUUCAGCCGCUCGUUGCUAGCCAAGAGUGCAUCUAUUCAGACUGUAGUGUGCUUUCCAUUCUUGAGAGGUGUGGUUGAGCUAGGCGUGACUGAGCCGAUUAUGGAGGACCCAAGUCUCAUUCAGCAUGUUAAAACUUCAUUCUUGGAGAUUCCAUACCCUAUAGUUGCUACAAAGACCAAUACAAGAAGUGACAAAGAACUUGCUGGUACUGCUUUUGAUCAAGAGAUCCUUGAGCACAAAUUAAUUCCAGUGGCAGGUUGUGAUGAAUUAGAUGCAGUUUCCCUCAAUGACAGUUCAAAUAAUCAACCAGAAGAGGAUUCAUUUAUGUUUGAAGGGAUAAAUGAAGGAGCUUCUCAAGUACAAAGUUGGCAGUUAAUGGAUGAUGGCUUCAGUAACUGUGUCCAUAAUUCCUUGAAUUCUAGUGACUAUAUAUCUCAAUCCACUGUAGAUCCUGUAAAGAAUGCUCCAGUUCCUAACAACGAAACAGUCAACAACCAUUGCCUGCAAGAUGUUCAAGACUGCAAUCACACUAAACUGACGGCACUGGACCUUCGAAGAGAUGAUUUUCAUUAUCAUAGCGUUCUCUCAUCUAUCUUAAAGACCUCCCAUCCAUUAAUUCUAGGACCGCAUUUUCAAAAUUGUAACAAGGUAUCAAGCUUUGUAAGUUGGAAGAAAGUGCAUUAUCAGAAAUCAAAAGGUGCACCCUCACAGAAACUAUUGAAGAAGAUUCUAUUUGAAGUUCCUUGGAUGAAUGUCAGUGCCUUGCCAGAUUCCUCAGGAGACAACAGCAAUAAAAUUGGAGUUUGGAGACCAGAGGCAGAUGAUAUUAGUGCAAACCAUAUAUUAGUUGAGAGGAAACGAAGAGAAAAGCUAAAAGAAAGAUUUAUGAUUCUCAAAUCGAUUGUUCCUUCAAUCAACAAGGUUGAUGAAGUGUCAAUCCUAGAUGAGACAAUAGAAUACCUGCAAGAGCUUGAAAGAAGGGUUGAAGAGCUGGAAUCAUGUAGGGAGUUGACAGAGUUAGAUGCACGAACAAGAAGGAAACCCCAAGAUGUCAUAGAGAGGACAUCUGACAACUAUGGCAGCAACAAAAUUGGUAACAAUAAGAAGCCUCUGGUAAACAAGAGAAAAGUCUGCAAUAUUGAUGAAAGAGAGGCAGAGAUGGAUUAUGGCAUAUCAAAAGAUGCUUCGGAUGAUAACAUAACUGUCAUUAUGAACGACAAGGAUGUACUAAUUGAGAUCAAGUGUCCCUGGAGGGAGGGAUUAUUGCUUGAGAUUAUGGAUGCUGCAAGCCAUCUGCAGUUAGAUUCUCACUCGGUUCAAUCAUCCGCCAUUGAUGGGAUUCUCUCUCUUACAAUCAAAUCUAAGAAGGGACCAACAGCUGCAUCAGCCAGAGCGAUCAAACAAGCACUUCAAAGAGUUGCUUGUAAAUGUUGAAGCUUGGCCUCACAUGGAUGUCUGUUCUCUUCUUCCUUCUUUUUUCUUUUUUUUUUUUAGUCAUUGGAAUUUCACUUUUUCAGUUGUAAAAUUAUGUAACUUUGGAGGGUAUGUACAUCAUGGUUAAAAACAAAGGAUUUUCUUCCGUGUAGAUUGUAGAGUCGCCUAAUAAGCAGAAAUAAACUCAUUUUGAAUGUUGUUAUUUUCUUCAA